AUGGCCCCAUUCAAUGAUGAUGAUCUAGCAGAUUAUGACAAUUCCGCAGGUGAAGAAGAAUUUAUUGAAGACAGUUUGAAUGACGAAGAGUAUGAUAAAUUGUAUGAGACUUUACCAAAAUUAAAGGAAUUAAUCGCUUCUUAUAACAAUUCCAUAAAUGAAAUGGCAUUAAAGGAGGCCUUAUAUUUCAAUUAUUAUGAGUUAAGUGAUGCCAUAGAGGAGUUAAAGUCCAAACUGGCAGGAUCAAUUUUUUGUCCUCUUACUAACAUUGAAUUGAAUAUAGAAAAUGUUAAAAAAGCUAAAAAUAAUUUCGAAGAGCCAAGUCCUGAUGACAAAAUUCUCAAUGCCCAAAAAACUGCAUUCGAAGAAGGAAUGAAUGACUUGAAGAUUUCUGACUCAAAUAAGAAGGAGACUGACCAAAAGGAAAAAUUACCCCCAAAGCCAACUAAACCUUUCAAGAAGAUCAACAUAGAAAAUGAACUUUCCACCAACAAGGCCUACAGCAAAGCCCACAAAUCGUUUGUGGUCAUUGGCCAUGUCGAUGCUGGUAAAUCUACUUUAAUGGGUCGUCUAUUGUAUGAUUUAGGUGUUGUGGAUGCGAAAACCAUCAACAAAUUAAUGAGAGAAGCUGAAAAAUCAGGCAAGGGAUCUUUCGCUCUUGCAUGGGUUAUGGAUCAAACAUCUGAAGAAAGAUCUCGUGGUGUUACUGUCGAUAUUUGUGCUACCGAAUUCGAAACAAACAAUACUAUAUUUACUGCUAUUGAUGCACCUGGUCAUAAAGAUUUUGUUCCGCAAAUGAUAGGAGGUGUGACUCAAGCGGAUAUUGCUUUAUUAAUCGUUGAUUCGAUCAAUGGAGAAUUUGAAGCAGGUUUUGCUAUGGAUGGUCAAACCAAAGAACAUACAUUAUUAUGUAAAAACUUAGGGAUUGAAAAAAUUUGUGUCGCUAUCAAUAAGUUAGAUAAAGAGCACUGGUCUGAAGAAAGAUUUAUGGAUAUUCAAAAUCAAUUGAAGAGCUUUUUAGUUUCUGAUGUUGGAUUUGACUCUGAUAAUGUAUUCUUCAUCCCUAUCUCGGGAUUGACUGGUAACAAUGUUGUAAAAGCUGACCAAUCAGUUAAAGAAUUAGGCUGGUACAAAGGUCCAACUCUUAUUGAGUAUUUAGAAAAGGUUAAAAUCUCAACGAGUGACUUGACCAAGGAUCCUGUUAGUGUUGUUACUGCUGAAGAGUUUGGUUUGGCUAUAAAUGAUAUCUAUGAUAUCUCAAGUUCUGAAUUUGCUGUCAAAGGUAGAAUUCUUUCUGGAUUUAUACAACCCGGUGAGACGGUAGAGGUAUCACCGACUAAAGAAUACCUACAGGUUCAAAGUGUCAAGGUUAGAGGUCAAAAUGUUAAUAUAGCAGUUAAAGGUGAAACAACCACAAUUUCAUUCAAGACUAACCAAUUGACUAACAAAUCUACAGAUGACAUCAGUAUAGGUGACUUGAUUCUGAAGGUUGGUUCUCUGGUUGCUUCAGUGAAUAAACUUACAGCUAGAAUUAAUUUAUUCAAUAUGAAUAAACCAUUAUUGGUUGGAACACCUUUUGUCUUAUUUAGAAAUAAUACUUAUGUUCCUGCAAGAAUUUCUAAAAUUUUAGCAAUUGACGAUGAUAAGAAAAAGAAGAAGAAGAUGCACUUAGUAUCGAAACAAAAAGCUUUGGUUGAAAUUGAGAUAAAGGGCGAUAGACUUUUACCAUUAAGUAAAUUUGAUGACAGCAAAAUGUUAGGUAGAAUAGUCAUAAGAAGGGAAGGAUCUACUAUUGGAGCGGGUGCUGUUGUUGAUUUAUAAUAGACCAAUGAAAAAUUUGAU